CAUGGUUCGGGUGGGUUUAACGUCUUUUCCAAUCGAAAGUUCUUCCCGAAAUUCUCCUUCUCACCCACUAACCUCGCCACUUCAGUGCUAUGCUCCAUUGAGACCUCGCCAAAUACAUUCUUCGUAGAACAAAACCACUUCCGGUUCCGCCUCCGAAUUUCAGGACAGAGGUACGAAGGGAUAAAGUUGGAGCUCAAACAAAUUCGAUCAAAGUGUGACCAAGAAUUGAAGAAGCCUGACUUUUGGAUCAUCAUUGAGUCUGGUGUAGUGUUAGAGUUAAAAGAAAACUACCCGUAAACCCAGAAGCAUUUCUCUGAGAAAGGUGUCAUUUUUUGCUGUUUUUCUCAAUCUGAACCAUGGAAAAACAGAAGACGGUGAUGGGUUUGAUUCUUUUGCUUUUUGUUUUGGGUGUGAGUGCUUGGACUGGUGAAAUCCAUGGAAGAGUUGUUUGUGAUGUUUGUGGAGAUUCUUCUCUUGGACCUGAAGAUCAUGUGGUUGAAGGUGCUGAGGUUGCUGUUCUUUGCAUCACCAGGUCUGGAGAAGUUCUAAACUAUCAGGCAUUCACAGAUGCCAAGGGCAUAUACACAGUGGCCGAGACAAUGCCAGAGAGUGAUCGUUGGGACGCGUGUCUAGCUCGACCAAUCAGUAGUUUUCAUGAACAGUGCACUCAACUUGGUGAGGGCAGCUUGGGAGUUAAAUUCAGUUACAAUCACCCAUCAGGAUAUUCACACAAUGUCAGGACCUUUGUGUAUAGACCCACCAAUGUUCCAACUUACUGCAUAUGAUAUAUGUAUGGUCUUGUUCUGAAUCUGUGAGUACUUAUGCUUUGGUUGAACUAGUUCAAAAUUGAUGAGCAUAUGAACAUAUUCUCUUUAUACUAUACAUGUAGGUGAAGUUGUGUUCCAGUGUUUCUUUAGAACCUAGAAAUAGUAAGCAUGAGACGAUUGAGUAAUUGUAAAUGAUAAUAUUAUAGAGAGCAAAGCAAAAUCAUAGUAAAGGGCACUGUCAUUGAACAGUGCAAUGAAUCUCAUGGCUUAAA